AUGACCAAUGUUAAAACUGAGCAAUCAUCAUCAACAACAACACCAUCGAUAUCAUCAUCAUCGAAUCAAGAUAAUAAUAAUAAUUCAACAGCGGUGACUGUAUCAAGUGAUAAAAAUUCAACAACAACAAAUAAUAAUGAUUCGCAAAAUAAUCUACAACCUACACCUGGUAGCCUAAAAAAUGUUAGUGAUCGUGUAUUGAUUGCUAAAGCAAAACUGGUCGAAUCACCAUACGAUUUGGAUGCAUGGAAUAUUCUUAUCAAAGAUGUUCAGAAUAAAAAUCCAGAAAUUGCUCGUGAACUUUAUGAACAAUUGGUCAGUCAAUUUCCAACAUCAGGACGAUUCUGGCGUUUAAGUAUUGAACAUGAGAUCAAAUCUAAAAAUUAUGAACGUGUUGAAAAGCUUUUUCAACGUUGUCUGGUCAAAGUUCUUAACAUUGACCUUUGGAAAUGUUAUCUUAAUUACAUAAAAGAAGCUAAAUAUCAUCUACCGUCUUUCAGAGAAAAAAUGGGUCAAGCAUUCGAUUUUGCAUUGGAAAAAAUGGGCAUCGAUAUCAAUUCAUAUUCAAUCUAUAAUGAUUAUGUUCAAUUUCUUAAAGGUGUUGAUGCACAAGGUAGCUAUGCAGAAAAUCAAAAAAUAUCGGCCGUUCGUCGUGUAUAUCAACGUGGUAUAGUCAUACCAAUGUUAAAUAUUGAAACAUUUUGGAAAGAAUAUCUAGCAUAUGAACAAAGUAUUAAUUCAAUGUUUGUCGACAAAGCCAUUGCCGAUCGUUCCAAAGAUUAUAUGAAUGCUAGACGUGUAGCGAAAGAAUUCGAAGCAAUUACUCGUGGUCUAAAUCGGAAUGCACCGGCUGUACCGCCACAAUCAACACCAGAAGAAAAUCGUCAGGUAGAAUUAUGGAAAAAAUAUAUUCAAUGGGAAAAACAGAAUCCAUUAAAAACCGAAGAUGUUACAUUAGUCAUCAAACGAGUUGUAUUUGCAUAUGAACAAUGUUUAUUAUGUUUAGGACAUCAUCCGGAUAUUUGGUAUGAAUAUGCGUCAUAUUUAGAUGAAAAUAGUAAAAUAAUGGCCGAAAAAGGUGAUAUGAACCAUCAUAAAGCUCUACAAGAAGAUGUGGCAUCCGUUUAUGAACGUGCAACAUCCACAUUGUUAAAAGAGAAUAUUCUUUUACAUUUUUCUUACGCUGAUUUCGAAGAGUCUCGCAAUCGAAAAGAUGAAUCUAUUAAAAUUUAUGAAAAAUUACUUCGAAUCAAAACGGCUAGUUUCAAUCCAACUUUAACUUAUAUACAAUAUAUGAAAUUUACCCGUCGUACCGAAAGUAUGUCAUCGGCAAGGGCAAUAUUUAAACGGGCCCGUUCCGAUUCUCGUUCAAGUUAUGAAGUGUAUAUAGCCGCUGCCAUGACUGAAUAUUAUUGUAGUAAGAAUAUAAACAUUUCCUGUAAAAUAUUUGAAUUGGGAUUGAAACGAUUUCCACAUGAGGCGCCAUUCAUAUUAGCAUAUAUUGAUUUUUUAGGCCAUCUAAAUGAAGAGAAUAAUAUACGUGUAUUAUUCGAACGUGUACUAUCAUCGGAUACAUUUCCAAUAUCGAAAUCUUUAGAAAUAUGGAAUCGUUUUCUAGAAUUUGAAUCACAAAUAGGUGAUUUAGCCAGUGUUAUUAAUGUAGAAAAAAGACGAUCUAAUGUGAUUGAAAAACUUCAACAACAACAGCAACGAAAUCAUUCUGAAACAGCAUGGCUAGUUGAUCGUUAUAAAUUUCUUCAUCUAAUGCCAUGUUCACAAGAAGAAUUAAAAUCGAUUGGAUAUUUUAAUAUAAAUCCAUCAGCUGCAUCAUUAUCUUCAUCAUCAUUAUCGUCAUCAUCAUCGACAAUUAAAGAAUCGAUGGUCAAUGGCCAUCAAUCGAAAAUGUCAAUGUCUAAUGAUCGUACAUCUAUAAAUCAACGCCAUAAUUCACAACAUUCGAAACAAUCAUCGAUUCCUGUACCGAAUCUAACACAAAUGGUACCAUUUAAACCUGUACAAAAUCCAGUCAAUAAUUUAAUGCCGGGAGGUAUUUUUCCUUAUCCACCAUCGGUUACAUCAUUAUUAUCACAAUUACCACCUCCAUUGAGUUUUCGUGGUCCAUUCGUUAAUAUUGAUGAAUUGAUGUCAUUGUUUAAAACAUCACCUGCCAUUUCAUUUUUAACCGAUCCAAGUAAAACAAAUUGUCUGAUGCCUACCGAAGCUAAAGCCUAUUUUGCAUUAGCACUUGAAGCUACUGAUUCAUUUAAUUUUGGUAACGGUAUCGUAAAUAAUACUGGUUCAUCUGGUACAAAACGUUCAGCUGGUCAAGCAAUGUUAAUGGAUGAAGAUGAUGAUGGUGAUGGUGAAGGAUCGAAUUUAAUGCCACCACAAUUUGAUAUUUAUCGAUCACGACAGAUGCAUAAAAAAUCAAAAAAUAUGUAAAAAAACAAAUUUCAUUGAAACAUUUUUCAUUUUUUUAAUCAAAAAAAAAAAA